GGUAUGUUCGACCGCCUUGGAGCGAUUGGACUGAUUCAGUCCGACUUGAAUGUGACAUGGCGUCUGUGAAGAAAGUUCCCUGUUGAUUAAGCUUUGUUAAUGUUUAUUUUAUGACGUUGAUUAACAAAAAGGCUUUUAUAUAGGCCAAUAUAUAUCCCAGAGACUUGCAUUGAUGGUAAUGCAUGCAAGGAAACCGCAGCGCAUUAGCGAUGGGUACGAAUUCGUUGUGUUUUGACACAACCUCACAUCGCCAUACUUUUGAUAUGUACAAUUAUAGGUACUUCGAGAAGCAUCAGGCCCAUCCCUAUCAGCAGAAUUCAAAAUAUGGCAAGAGUGGCCGAGGUGAAUACAGUGACAGAUACAUGCGAGAGUCUCCCAAUGGUAAUUCAUACAGAUCUGAUUCACCAGAAUGUGACUCUCCAAGAGAUCGUGAGAGAGACAAAGAUCGUGGCUACAAAUCUACAUACUUGCAGAAAAUCAGAGAAAAGGAGAGAGAUCGAGACUUCAAACGUGAAAAAUAUCCAGAAUGUGCACGUUCUCCCAAGGAAAAAAGACGAGAGCGCUGUAUGGAUUUGGAACACAGGACUAACCAUGAUCGAGGGGAUUGUAUGAGCUCAGUAGACAAAAUAUCUAAAUGUUCCGGCCGCAAUUCUGGUAAAGGUUCCAGUAAUGCAGGUUGUUUAGGAGAUAAGGGUAUGCAGCGCAAUAGCAGCGGGAAUUCGAGCGGAACACAAAAUAAUCAGCCUCCUCUGGAUGACCGAGAGAGAGUUAUUAGGGUUGGCGACUGGUCUGAGCACCUCAGUUCAUCUGGUAAAAAGUAUUACUAUAAUUGUAAAACAGAAGUAUCCCAAUGGGAGAAGCCGCGCGAAUGGAUAGAGCGCCCUUGUGAGCGAGAUCGCGAUAGAGAGCGAGAGCGGGAAAGAGAACGGGAUCGCGAUAGAGAAAGAGAACGCGAAAGGGAAAGAGAGCGGGAGCGAGAAAGAGAAAGGGACCGAGAGCGGGAGCGAGAGAGGGAAAGGGAUAGAGAUAGAGACAGAGAUAGGUCAGAAAGGAAUGAGCGCGAUAGGGAAAGGGACAGAGAAAGGGAUAGGGAAAGGGAGAGAGAUAGAGAUAGAGGUCCAAGCUUAGGAGGAGGUGUACCAGGAGGUAGUCAAAGAACUAACAGCACCAGCAAGGACCAUCGAGAUGAUCGUGAGGCAAGGUACAGCAAUGCAGGCAGUAUCCGGAACGCUCAUGACAAACAUUCCAGCGCGCGUUUACGUGAAUGUAUUAGUCGCGGCGAAGCAGGCCUGGUUAGCAGGUCCCGAGGCAGUUGGUGCUCUACAGAUGUACCAGAUUCUCGAAGAAAAACUGAAGGCGAUAAUACACAAGAUAUGGACAUUUCACCAGGUGACAGCACGCCUACAUCUGAAGCUUCCUAUGGCCAUUUAGGGACUCCUUCAAACAGGCAUUGUGGAAAUCCAGCAAAUGAUGGAACAAGCCAGCCAGGUAAUAUGAUAACUACAGUACUACCGAGAUUAUCUUCACAUCCCGCGACGCCUUGUACAACGAGCACGGUGCAAAGAUCAUUUAGUAAAACCUCACAAUCACCAAAUUCAAGCAGUAUGGGACCCACCAUGAUGGCUGGAUCUAAUGCAAGCAAUCAAAUGAAUAGCGUGCCAGGGCCACCGAAUAAAUUGCCACCACAAAUUAAUGCUUCUAGCAAGAGUACUGAUCAGCCCGAGAUGAACUCACAAAAAAUGCUGCAGGGCAUGCAGAAUAAUUUAUCGCAGUCUGCAUGUACAAGUUUGAAAAUUGACACAAAUGUUGGAGUGAUUGGAGAUGGUCCCCCUACGCCGACGCAUUCAGAAAAUCCAGAUGCAUUAGAUAGAAUAAAAACAGAAAUCCCCAGCGUAAAUAGCGUUCCCAAUUUAAGUUCUCUGCAGGGAUUAUCACAAAGUUCUGCGGUCGGAAUGGGUAGUGCAUUAGCUGCUCUACGACCUCAAGGACCAAAUCUGACUCCCGGUUUAGCCAAUCACUGUCGGCAAGAUUUAUUAGGGCAUGUUCAAGGCUGGCCUGCUGACGUAUUAGAAAAACAGGCUAAUAAAUUCACAGAAGAGUCGCUGACUAUGGGUAAUAUCCAAUGCACAAGGGUAUCUGCUGAUCUUAAAAUAGCUAGAAGUAUAGUUAGACUUACAGAAAUUCAAGCCACUUUACAAGAUCAAAGAUUGAUGUAUUUGAGGCAACAAAUUCAAAGACUCGAGGACCUAAAGUCGCAGAACUCUUUCUCCAAAAUGUCUGAAGACUUGUAGUGAUUGUGCACAGAUGUUUUAAUUUUUCUAUUAAGGUUAUAUAAAUAAAAGUAAAAAUAUUAGGAUAAAUAAAUGAAAAAAAAUAAAUAAAAUUGACAAAAAAAUAUAUACAAAACAUAAAUAAUUUUAUUGUUCUUAUGGACUAUCAUCAAUUAUUAGCUAAACUUAAAACCCAAACGGAGAUAAUGGUGUGCAUCAUUUCCCACUUUUUAAUAUAGUUAGAUCUAAAACAAAAAGUGAUGUGUUUGUUUCUGGUGUUCCUUUUAAUUUGGACAGCGUUUAGAGAUGUAAAAUCGAUGGUGGAAGUGUAAUAUGUGAAUGUUUUUUUAUUGGAAGUUGUCUAAAAAAAUAAUAAUAAUAAAAUAAUGUUCAGUUAAUAUUUGAUUUGUCCAAAACACUUUCUGUUUUUAUCAACAUCUUUGAUAGAUUGAUAAUUAACUGUGAUGAUUUUAUCGUUUUACAACUUUUUCACAUAUGCGUUGUAUUUAUUUUAAUAUUAUGAUAUAUAAAUGUUUUAC